ACCGUGCUUUGUAUGAUGUCUGAGAAUGUCCAUUUCUGGCACCCUCAGCAAUUAUUAUGUCGACUCCAUCAUAAGUCAUGAGAGCGAAGAUUCGCCUUCAGCUAAAUUCCCGGCCGGGCAAUACCCGGCUUCCAGGCAAGCCGGCCACAGUGAGCAUCUAGAAUUCCCCUCCUGUAGUUUCCAGCCAAAACCUCCAGUUUUCAGCGCCUCCUGGACUCCUUUGAAUCCACAUCCUUCUGGCACCCUUCCUGCCGUCUACCAUCCUUACAUUCAACAUCAAAGCGUCCCAGCCGAGAGCAGGUACCUCCGGAGCUGGCUGGAACCCGUGCCCAGGGCAGAAACCCACCCCGGGCAGGGCUCGGUCAAAGCGGAACCGCUGCUGGGCCGUGCCGGGGAUGUCCAAAAAAAUCAGGAGUACAAUUUAGAAACUUCUGCCGCCAGGGAAGGGAUCGUUUCCAAUCAAAGGCCCAGCUUCGAGGACAAUAAAGUUUGUGAAGGAAGCGAAGACAAAGACAGGACAGAUCAAACCAACCCCGCCGCCAGCUGGCUGCACGCCCGCUCCUCCCGCAAAAAGCGCUGCCCCUACACCAAGUACCAGACGCUGGAGCUGGAGAAGGAGUUUUUGUUCAACAUGUACCUGACCAGGGACCGCAGGCACGAGGUGGCCAGGCUGCUCAACCUGAGCGAGAGACAAGUCAAAAUCUGGUUCCAGAACCGCCGCAUGAAAAUGAAGAAAAUGAACAAGGAGCAGGGCAAGGAGUGAGCGGGGAGAGGGGCGGCAGCACCGCCCCCCCCGGAGCCCCUUUUCCCCCUUUUCCCCCUUUUCCCCCUUUUCCCUCUCCCGGUGCUGCCAAACCCCCCCCAAAGCAGGGCCAGAGCCCUCCCCGAGUCCCAGCUCCGCUUUUGCAUGCGAGGUGUUCCCUGUUUCCCUUUUUUAAUUUUUUUUUUUUCCCCAUCUCCUGGAGGCAACCCAGCCCAAAGCGCAGCUCCUUUUUGGGGUUUGUUUCUCUUUUCUUGUUUCCUUUUCGACAUUUUUCCCCCCGAUUUUUUUGUUUUCCAGUGUAACAGAGCAAAGGCUCCCGUCAGAACAACUUUCCCCCCCCCCCUUUUUAAUUUGAUUCUUUCCCACGGGAAAGCAAAAAAGGGCCGACACCACCCCGGCCACCGCCAAACCUCUCUUUUCUCCACGUAAGCACAAAGAUUUAUUUUUAUUUUUUUCCCCCAAAAAUAAUCCCUCACCCCAAACCCUCCCAGACGCUCUCCCCGGCCCGCCGAGGUGGCCGAGGACCCAGACGGUUUAAUUAAACUCCUGCAAGACAGACACAUUCGUUAAGGUUCGCCUUUAAUGGCACCCAACAAAUCAUUUGCAAUUCGCCAACUUGGGCCCGGGGAAGCCGCUCCUGGACAGCCCCGAAUUCCGGCUCCCCCCGCCGCUGGGUCCUUUUCCCUUUAUUUCCCUUUUUUUACCUCGGUUUAUAACGCGGAAUUUUGAUUCCAGUGGUGCUUUGGCGGAAACGGAGACUUUGAGCUGAAAAGUUUCUGGGGGCGUUUUGGGGCAGAACCUCCUGGUUUUAGUAAUUUCGUACUGGGGCACUGGGAAGGAGAGGAAAGAGAGGGAGGGGGAGAGAGUGGGGCACCCCCCGAGCCGCGCUGUAAAUUAUUUAGGAGCGGAAAAAAGGGGCGGAAGAACCCCCGCCAACUUAUUCCUAACUUUUUAGAGAAGAGGAAGAAUGGGAUU